GCUCUAGAGAGCGAAAAGAGGAAACAGGCUGUGCUUUAUAUUUAGGCCUUUCACAGUGCUGAAAAUGCUGACAGCCAGAGAUAGACUCCGCUCCUGGUCCACCAUGUCCGCUGUCCCUCUGAUGAAAGUCUGACGGGACGGGCUAGACGGAAGGGGCCAUGUUCCAUACCCACGUGGGCGGGGUCCACCUACAGCUGAUGAGGAACUGCGUGGAGGAAGAGGAGGAUGAGGAAUUCUGGGGCCCCGGGCCCGGCUUCGGCCCCUGGCCCCUGCCGCAAGCUCACGCCCCCAUCACACCGGCCCUUUAUGGACAGUGGCCCCCAGCGUGGCAGAGGCCUCAGCCGCCCUGGAAGGUACAGAGCCACCUGGAGAACCCCAAGUUCCACCUCCACCAGGCCCAGGCGCAGCAGGUGAAGCAGUACCUGACCCUGGGCUCCAAAAUCGGCGGGCAGGGCCACCCGGUGAACCACCCGCACCCGGGGCAGCCGCCGAUGAGGAACGGGCACCUGCCCCCCGUGCACGCCGAUGGCAGCACCCCGGGGAGCCCCGUCACCUUGCUGACGCUCGCCGCCAGUCACGACAGUGAGUUUCCGAUGGACGAAGUUAUUGACGACUUAAUUAGCCUUGAAUCCGGUUUCCAAGAUGACGGGUUGGGACGCAUGGAACCCAACAUCCUAAUGCAAAACAAUGUCUCUCUGAACAGCGGCAUGCUGGAUGUGUACGGCGGUGACCAAGGUAUGCCUGCCGCUAAUAACGGAAUGACACGUGCUUCAUGUCCCACAAACCCCACUAUAAAACAGGAAGUCACAGAACUGGACACUAGAGUUCUUGCCAAAGAAAGACAGAAAAAGGACAACCAUAAUUUAAUUGAAAGAAGAAGAAGAUACAACAUCAACUAUAGAAUCAAGGAACUUGGGACGCUGAUACCGAAGUCUAAUGACCCUGAUAUGCGCUGGAACAAAGGCACCAUUUUAAAGGCGUCGGUGGAGUACAUUAAGUGGCUCCAGAAGGAGCAGCAGCAUGCCAGGGAGCUGGAGACCCGGCAGAAGAAGCUGGAGCUGGCCAACAGGAGGCUGCUGCUGAGGAUCCAGGAGCUGGAGAUCCAGGCUCGUGCCCAUGGGCUGCCAAACAUGGCCUCCUCUCUGGGGGCGGUGGAGCUGUCCUCACACCUGCUCAAGCAACAACAGCAACAGCAGCAGCAGCAGCCGCAACAACAACAGCCACAGCCACAGCCACAGCCACAACAGCAACAGCCUCUGUACCCGGAGGAGCUGAACGGGGACUACGUCCAGCGGGCGGCCAUGACGCAGAUGGCGGCGCCGGUCGACCACGGCGACGGCUCCACCACCUUCUCCGACCCCCUGUCGCACUUCACGGACUUCUUCAGCGCCACCCUGAAGGAGGAGCACCGGCUGGACGAGAUCCUGAUGGACGACCCGCUCUCGCCCUUCGGCGCCGACCCGCUGCUGUCCGCCGCGUCCCCGCCGGCCUCCAAGGGCAGCAGCCGACGGAACAGCUUCAGCACCGACGACGGCGACGACCUCUAACGACCUCUAAUGAAAAUUUAAAAAACGAACCCACUCCCACACACACCCCGCCCACCACCUGCCGUGGGGCGUCGGCUGUCAGACUCCUCCUACAUACUGCUGUUUCCCAAUUCCCAGUCUUCUCUCAUCUCUAUGGUAGUUUUGAGAGAUGGCACAGCACCCCCUCCUGGACAGCGCCAGCACUGAUGGCAAACAAGAUGGUAACAGAAAAAGGGAGAGCUUCAGCCUUGUGGUGUGCGCUCCUGUUAGCCCUGGGACUCUGACAAGACUAUCUGUAAAUAGUGACAGUGAUUAAAAGGGUUUCAGAGACAAAAAUACCCUUUUUUUU